UGUCUGUGACCUGAGUGUAAGUGUGUCUGUGUGUGCAUGAGCUCACUGGAUCAUUUUCUCUGACUCUGAGGGUGAACAGGAAGAGGAGAGGAACAUUUUUUUUUCCUCAGGAUAUCUGGGAGUGGUGUACAAGUGGGGAUUGUCACGCUGUUGUUGCUGAUUGCUGCUGAAACAGAAAGAGUCUGGAGACUGAGAGAGAAGACACGGUUGUAUAACCUGAGAGACGGAUCACCUGCCUGGAUAGAAGUGUGGAGUUUGACUUUAUUGCUGAUGAUCAUAAAAGAGGAUGUAGGGUUUUUUUUUUUUUUCUUUUACUGCGAGAAAUGGUCGUGACUGUGAAGUCUGUUUGUUUCUCUGUGAGCCUGACCUCACACUGUUAUUGACUGGGAGCUCCAACGCGUUAUUGUUCUGAAACAAAUGGGCAGUUUGAAUGGCAAACAGCAGAUGUAGGGUGCACUCCUGUCAGGACAACAGGUUAGCAGCCGCUGGAAGUGAAUUUGAUCUUUCCUCUUGAGCUCAAUAUCCUGCCGACACUGUGGACAGCAAACAUCUUUGACUGCAUUUCUGUGACUCGUAUAGCUGACAUAAUGUUUGAUUCCUUGUUUGAGUCUGCCUGAGGCAGAAAGACGUCAGCUCCAUGUGUGCGUGGGAUGAGCAACCAGAUGGACUUGCACAGGAGUAAAACAGCUGCAGCGAGACAAAUGAUGGGACUCCAUAUUCAAGACACAAACUGAUUAAUUCAUGAAGACAAAACAAGCUUGUCAUAAGAGAAUACUUGAGAACUCUUAUGUUAUUUAAAAGAGACGCAACCAAAUUUUAUUUUUUUCAUUCGUGUCUUUUGAUGUUAGUUUCUUUUAUCUCUGCUUUGUAACUGAAGAUCAAUUCCUCUUGUGAUGGAGGGGGCAAUUAUGACAUAGUCAACAGUACAGUGGUCUCAACACCUGGGCCACAAAACAACAGAACUCAAAAUGCAUCAUUGAAGCAAAGCUGGGAGAUGAACUACCAAGAGGCAGCCAUCUACCUGCAGGAAGGAGAGAACAAUGAUAAGUUCUUCUCCCAUCCUCGAAACCCCAAAGCGCUGGCAGCGUACCUGUUUGCCCAUAACCACCUAUUCUACAUGAUGGAGCUGCUGACAGGCCUGCUGCUGAUGAUGCUGUCACUGUGCGAGGCUCCCGCUGUACCCUCGCUGCGUCUGGAUGUCUAUGUUCAUGCCACCUUGGAGCUGCUGGCUUUGGUUAUGGUGGCAUUUGAGCUAUGCAUGAAAUUGCGCUGGUUAGGCUUCCACACUUUUAUACGACACAAGAGGACCAUGGUGAAGACGUGCGUGUUGAAGCUACAGUUUGUGGAGGCCAUAGUGGUUCUGGUUAGACAAACGUCCCAUGUGCGAGUGACCAGAGCUCUCAGGCCCAUAUUCCUGGUGGACUGUAGAUACUGCGGUGCUGUGCGCAGAAACUUGCGGCAGAUCUUCCAGUCCCUCCCGCCUUUCAUUGACAUUCUCCUGCUGCUGCUUUUCUUCAUGGUUAUAUUUUCUAUCUUGGGUUUCUGCCUCUUCUCUACAAACACAGCUGACCCGUACUUCAACACUCUGGAGAACAGCCUCGUCAGCCUGUUUGUGCUGCUGACCACAGCAAAUUUCCCUGAUGUAAUGAUGCCAGCAUACUCCAAGAAUCGCUGGUCUUGUGUUUUCUUCAUUGUUUACCUCUCCAUAGAGCUGUACUUCAUCAUGAACCUGCUUCUGGCUGUGGUGUUCGAUACAUUUAACGGUGUCGAGAAGAUGAAAUUUAAAUCUCUUUUGCUUCACAAACGCUCUGCUGUCGACCACGCCUUCCAGCUGUUGGUUAGCCGACAGAGGCCGAUGGGUGUGUCUCUUAAACAGUUUGAUGGUCUGAUGCGUUUUUACAGACCACGGAUGUCUGCAAGAGACCGGUUUCUAACAUUUAAAGCUCUUAACACGUCAGGGGAUCCUAUGCUCAGUCUUCAGGACUUUUAUAAGUUCUAUGAGGUCAUUGGCCUAAAAUGGAAGGCACGGCGGAGUGGAGAACAUUGGUUUGAUGAUCUUCCACACACAACGUUCCUCAUUUUUAAAGGCAUUAACCUGCUUGUAAAGUCCAAGGGGUUCCAGUAUACCAUGUAUGUGGUGGUGGCCAUCAAUGGCGUAUGGAUCCUUGUGGAGACGUACACAUUGAACAGUGGUUACUCCUGGUCCAAAUUAGUUCCCUGGAGUUACAUUGUGUUCCUGACGAUUUAUGGUAUAGAGGUGCUGCUGAAAAUAACAGGUUUGGGGCCAAUGACGUAUUUCAGCUCGGGCUGGAAUCUAUUUGACUUCUCUGUGACGGUGUUCGCCUUCUUGGGCCUAAUUGCUCUUGCCUUCAAUAUGGAGCCCUUCUACUUCAUUGUAAUUCUCAGACCAUUCCAGUUGCUCCGAUUAUUUAAGAUAAAGCAGAGGUAUCGCAACGUAUUGGACACCAUGUUUGAGCUCUUCCCCAGGAUGGCAAGUCUGGGGCUGACACUAAUCAUCUUCUACUAUUCUUUUGCCAUCGUUGGAAUGGAGUUCUUUGCAGACGUAAUUUUUCCCAACUGCUGCAACACCAGCACAGUGGCAGACUCCUAUAGACAGAUCAAUGUCACCUAUGGCAACAAAACGGUGUUGGAAGAAGGCUACUAUUACCUCAAUAACUUCAACAACAUUCUUAGCAGCUUUGUGACUCUGUUUGAGCUGACUGUGGUCAACAACUGGUACAUCACCAUGGAAGGAGUGACCUCUAUGACAAGUCACUGGAGCCGUCUAUACUUCAUGACUUUUUAUAUCGUAACCAUGGUGGUGAUGACCAUCAUUGUGGCUUUUAUUUUGGAUGCGUUUGUCUUCCGAAUGAACUACAGUCGCAAGAACCGAGAACCAGUGGAUAAUCCAGAGGAGGAAAAUGGGAUAGUGUUUGAAGUAGAGGUGAGUCGAGAAGAAGCUCUGGCCACUCUUGAGCUGUACAAACAGACUUGUCCAGGACUCUCGUCCCUCAGCUCUCUAGCUGGUGUGUUCAAGGCUAUGGACAGGAGUGGGCACUCAUCCAUGGUGUAUCAAGGUCGCAGGUCAAGGACCAAGAGUGACCUUAGCAUGAAAAUGUACGAGGAGGAGAUUCAGGAGUGGUAUGCAGAAUAUUCACAAGAAAAUAUGCCUGAACCAGACCAAAGCUUGGCACUGAAUCUGGGUACUCCUGUAUCGGACCCAUCUCCUCUCCCGGAGCCUCAGCUAAACUCACAGACCGGACAUCACAGUAUUAACUAAUGUACAGUUUACAGGCUGUACGUACACGUCACCUUCAUCCUAAGACAAGGGAACCCUAGUACUUUACAAUUCUGUAUCUCUCGGUCAGAGGAGGAGGGAAAAAAACAAAACAGAAACUGUGGGACUUCGACUAAUGUGGGAAUGAGACGAGUUAAUGGCAACUCUUCAUGGAGCCAGAUGGGAGCGUUGAGCGUUGCCCUUUGUUUGGCCUUUUGAAAGACUGAAGUUAAUGCUGCCAGAAAGCUUGCACUUCCACAAUCUGUUGUGUACAUAUACUGCUGCAGGGCUUAUGUGCCCUAGUGUAAAUCAUGUAGUAAUCGAACUUGAUCCCUUCGUUAAAUGGCUUAUCUGAUCAGUAUUAAAAGGCACCAUGUCUAA